CUUCAGUAGGGUUCAGGUCAGAUCUCGGUACAGGUCACUCGAGUUCUUCCACUCCAUCCUUCGUAAACCAUGUCUUUAUGGACCUUGCUUUGUGUACAGGAGCAUUAUGCUUGAACGUGUUUGAGCCCCUCUUUUCAGUGAAAUAAAGUCUAAAUUCUACAGCAUACACAGACAUCCGAUAUAACUGUGCGUUUCUGACUUUAUGAUGAGUUUGCUGGAAAGUCGCAUAUGGGUGUGUGGGUUAGGUGUCCACAAACUUCUGGCCAAAUCCAGAUCUGUUAGCCUCGUGUAAUCAUAAGAGGCUCUACAAUAAAGAUCUAGACAAAAUACCGGCAAUGCUAAAACGAAAACCUAAACCAAAGUGAGCAGAAGAUGAUUCAGUAGGUUUCUCGCAGAUGUCAGGAAGACAGAGUUCGGUAUGAAGCUGUAGCUGCCGGGCUCGUGGCCACGCCCCUGCAGGUAAAUGUCAUAAAGAGAGUAAUAACGCACGGGGCUGCAGUGAGUCAUUCAGCACGGUUUAAAAGUUACAACAAACGGAGAGUGUAAUUAGAAAGGGUAUCAUUUCCUGUGUUUAAAAUUUAAAACAGCUAGUAUAAAGCACUUGUGGCUAACACCAUUUGCAGUGUUCCUCCCUUUGUAAUUCAGAAAAACGAGUCCAAUAGUGAAGUGGUGUCGGCUUGUUUCCAGGCCGUGUCGACUCGAGCGGACCAAUCAGCUUUCAGUGGGCCUGAGAGCGCAGCGCGAGCCCGGACUGACUGAGCGCUCGAGCGUGCGGGAAAAUUCUGUCACUGAGGCACCACCAAACACCGCAUCUGCAAAAUGCCGAAUAAAACGAAAAAAGAAAAGGAAUCGCCGAAAUCUGUGAAAUCCAGCAGCAAAAACAGUAACGUCAGCGCUGGAAAGGAUCCUGGGACUGAAAAUUCAGAUGAGACGCAGCAGCAGACAGCCAGCAAGCGUCCGAGCAACAGCACUCCACCUCCAACUCAGCUCAACAAAAUCAAGUACUCAGGUGGUCCACAGAUUGUCAAGAAAGAGCGCCGGCAGAGCUCUUCUCGCUUUAACCUCAGCAAGAACCGUGAGCUGCAGAAGCUUCCUGCCCUUAAAGAUGCUCCACCCAUCGACAGGGAAGAGUUGUUUGUUCAGAAGCUACGCCAGUGCUGUGUACUCUUUGACUUCGUGACAGAUCCUCUCAGUGAUCUCAAAUACAAGGAGGUGAAACGUGCUGGACUGAAUGAGAUGGUGGAGUACAUCACACACAAUCGUGAUGUAGUUACUGAAUGCAUCUACCCCGAGGCUGUCAUUAUGUUUUCAGUGAACCUGUUUAGGACCCUGCCUCCUUCUUCCAAUCCUACUGGAGCAGAAUUUGAUCCUGAGGAGGAUGAGCCUACACUGGAGGCAGCCUGGCCCCACCUGCAGCUGGUGUACGAAUUCUUCUUACGGUUCCUGGAGUCACCUGAUUUCCAGCCUAAUAUCGCCAAAAAAUACAUUGACCAAAAGUUUGUAUUGUCACUCCUGGAGCUGUUUGACAGUGAAGACCCCAGAGAGCGGGACUUCUUAAAAACAAUUCUACACAGGAUUUAUGGCAAGUUUCUGGGACUUAGAGCGUACAUCCGCCGGCAGAUCAACAACAUAUUCUAUAGAUUUAUAUAUGAAACAGAGCAUCACAAUGGCAUUGCAGAGCUCUUGGAAAUUCUAGGAAGUAUAAUUAAUGGUUUUGCCCUGCCAUUGAAAGAGGAGCACAAAAUGUUUCUGAUUCGAGUGUUGCUACCACUGCACAAGGUCAAGUCACUCAGUGUCUAUCACCCUCAGCUGGCAUACUGUGUGGUUCAGUUUUUGGAAAAAGACAGCAGUCUCACUGAACCAGUUAUAAUGGGUCUCCUGAAGUUCUGGCCCAAAACCCAUAGUCCUAAAGAGGUGAUGUUCCUGAAUGAGUUGGAGGAAAUCCUGGAUGUCAUUGAGCCUUCAGAGUUUGUAAAAGUUAUGGAGCCCCUGUUUAGACAGCUUGCCAAGUGUGUAUCAAGUCCACACUUUCAGGUUGCUGAGAGGGCACUGUAUUACUGGAACAACGAGUAUAUCAUGAGUCUAAUAAGUGACAAUGCUGCCAAAAUCCUCCCCAUCAUGUUCCCUGCUCUUUACAAGAACUCCAAAAGUCAUUGGAACAAGACAAUCCAUGGGCUUAUUUACAAUGCUCUGAAGCUCUUUAUGGAGAUGAACCAGAAGUUGUUUGAUGAUUGCACACAGCAGUACAAAGCCGAGAAGCAAAAGGAGAAGUACAAACUUAAGGAGCGGGAAGAGAUCUGGCACAAGAUUGAACAGCUUGCUAAACAAAAUCCUCAGAUUGCGAAGAUCCAUCCGAGUCUCCGACCUGGUCUGCCUCAGGAUGCGUAUAUAAUGUAUAAUGAAAACCAAGGGAUACCACACUAUUCCAUGGAAACAGAGACUCCCACUGCUGAGGAUAUCCAGCUGCUGAAGAAGACUGUGGAAUCUGAGGCCUCACAGGGGAUGAAGGACAUAAAGAAGGACAAGGUGCUGAUGCGACGGAAGUCAGAGCUGCCGCAGGAUGUGUACACUAUAAAGGCUCUGGAAGCCCACAAGCGGGCAGAAGAGUACCUUACUGCAAAUCAAGAAGCCCUCUGACUGAGGAACACCACAACCAGUCACCUGCACCAUGCCUAGACUGUCCCACUCGUAUUUGUCCAGAAAUGUCGCCUGCUGUAUACUCCCCCUCCUUUCCUCCUUUUGUCUCUGCCUCUUUCCUUCACUUCCUCUUGGAGAGGCCUUUCU